CCCCUCCGUCCUUCUGUCCUGCCCAGCCGGGGACGUGCGUUCCGCACUCGGUUGCCGCGGAGAGGGACCUCGGAGAGGGAAGCGGAGGGAGGGUCGGGGAGAAGGAGCAUUAGCCUGAGGCUGGAGGAGGCUGAACUGCGUCCCCGCCCAGCCCGCGCCUAUGCGGUACUUGAAGGAUGGCGAAGAGGUCGCGCAGUGAGGAUGAGGACGAUGACCUUCAGUAUGCUGAUCAUGAUUAUGAAGUCCCACAACAAAAAGGGUUGAAGAAACUCUGGAAUAGAGUAAAAUGGACAAGAGAUGAGGAUGAUAAGUUAAAGAAGUUGGUUGAACAACAUGGAACUGAUGAUUGGACUCUAAUUGCUAGUCAUCUUCAAAAUCGUUCUGAUUUUCAGUGUCAGCAUCGGUGGCAGAAAGUUUUAAAUCCAGAAUUGAUAAAGGGUCCCUGGACUAAAGAAGAAGAUCAGAGGGUUAUUGAAUUAGUUCAGAAAUAUGGGCCAAAAAGAUGGUCUUUAAUUGCAAAACAUUUAAAAGGAAGAAUAGGCAAGCAGUGUAGAGAAAGAUGGCAUAAUCAUCUGAAUCCUGAGGUAAAGAAAUCUUCCUGGACAGAAGAGGAGGACAGGAUUAUCUAUGAAGCACAUAAGCGGUUGGGAAAUCGUUGGGCAGAAAUUGCCAAACUACUUCCUGGAAGGACUGAUAACUCUAUCAAAAAUCACUGGAAUUCUACUAUGCGAAGAAAAGUGGAGCAGGAAGGCUACUUACAAGAAGGAAUAAAAUCAGAACGAUCUUCAUCUAAACUUCAACACAAACCUUGUGCGACUAUGGACCAUUUGCAAACCCAGAAUCAGUUUUACAUACCUGUUCAGAUCCCGGGCUAUCAGUUUGUGUCACCUGGAGGCAAUUGUGUAGAACAUGUUCAGCCUUCUUCUGCCUUUAUUCAGCAACCCUUUGUUGAUGAAGACCCUGAUAAGGAAAAAAAAAUAAAGGAACUUGAGUUGCUUCUUAUGUCAGCUGAGAAUGAAGUUAGAAGAAAGCGAGUUCCAUCACAACCUGGAAGCUUUUCUAGCUGGUCUGGUGGUUUCCUCGUGGAUGAUAGCAUGUCUAAUACUCUAAGCCUCGAGGAGCACACUAGUGAGUUUUACGGUCUGGAUGAAAAUCAGGCUGUGUCUGCUCAGCAGAACUCACCCACAAAGUUCCUGGCCGUGGAGGCAAACGCUGUGCUGUCCUCUCUACAGACCAUCCCAGAAUUUGCAGAGACUCUAGAACUUAUUGAAUCUGAUCCCGUAGCAUGGAGUGAUGUUACUAGCUUUGAUCUUUCUGAUGCUGCUGCUUCUCCUGUCAAGUCCACCCCAGUUAAACUAAUGCGAAUUCAACACAACGAAGGAGCCAUGGAAUGUCAAUUUAACGUCAGUCUUGUACUUGAAGGGAAAAAAAACAGUUGUAACGGUGCAGACAGUGAGGCUGUUCCUUUAACAUCCCCAAGUGUGGCUAAGUUCAGCACUCCACCAACCAUCCUCAGAAAGAAGAGAAGAGUGCGAGUGGGUCAGUCCCCAGGCAACGAACCUGGCGAUGGCUCAUUCAAUGAUGGUGGUAAUACGGCACUAAAACACACACCGGUGAAAACACUACCAUUUUCUCCUUCACAGUUUUUCAACACGUGUCCUGGAAAUGAACAAAUUAAUAUAGAAAACCCUUCAUUCACAUCAACCCCUAUUUGUGGGCAGAAAGUUCUCAUUACAACUCCUCUUCAUAAGGAAACAACCCCCAAAGAUCAAAAGGAAAAUGUAGGGUUUAGAACACCUACUAUUAGAAGAUCUAUAUUGGGUACCACACCAAGAACUCCUACUCCUUUUAAGAAUGCGCUUGCUGCUCAGGAGAAAAAAUAUGGACCUCUUAAAAUUGUGUCACAGCCACUUGCCUUCUUGGAAGAAGAUAUUCGGGAAGUUUUAAAAGAAGAAACUGGAACAGACAUAUUCCUCAAAGAGGAAGAUGAACCAGCUUACAAAAGCUGCAAACAAGAGCAUACUGCUUCUGUAAAGAAGGUCAGAAAAUCACUAGUCUUAGAUAAUUGGGAAAAAGAAGAACCAGCCACUCAACUAGUAACUGAAGACCUUUCAGACAUGCAGUCAGAAAAUAUAUUUACAACAUCUUUAUUAAUGAUACCAUUAUUGGAAAUACAUGACAAUAGGUGCAACUUGACUCCUGAAAAACAAGAUAUAAAUUCAACCAACAAAACAUAUACACUUAAUAAAAAGAAACCAAACCCUAACACUUCCAAAGUUGUCACAUUGGAAAAGAAUCUUCAGUCUUGUGAGUGGGAAACAGUGGUUUAUGGGAAGACGGAAGACCAACUUAUCAUGACGGAACAAGCAAGAAGAUAUUUGAGUACUUAUACAACUACAGGCAGUACCUCAAGAGCUCUCAUACUGUGAUUGUUAUUAAAACUGAUGAAAUGCCCCACUCCCUUAUUAGAUUCUAUACCAGAUUAG